AUGUUAGAUGCUUUAGCAAAUGGUAUUUUUCUUGACAAAUUACCCAAAAAGGCCUUUAACAUACUUGACAGGAUAGCCAACAAUGACUAUCAAUUUCCCUUUUCAAGGUUUGGAACCAGAAGUAAGGUAAUUGGGACAUUCGAGUUAGAUGCUAAGGAUUCAGUGUCUCCCCAACUUUCUGCCAUAAUAAAUAUAUUGAAGAAUCUACAACGUUCCAGUGAGGUGAAGGAAGUUAAAAUGGUCAGUUCUGCAUCAAAAGAAGUCAGACCCUCACCACUCUUCACUCAAAGACUGAAAAAGCAAAAUGAUGACAUUCAUUUCAAGAAGUUCGUUAACAUCAUUGACCAGCUAUACAUAAAUGUCCCACUUCUUGAGGCCAUUGAUCAGAUGGUGACCUAUGCUAAAUUUCUCAAGGAUAUUGUUACAAAGAAGAGAAAUGUGGAAAUGUUUGAAACUGUUGUCAUACUAAAAGAAUAUUAUUCUACACUCACUAAACAUCCAUCGAAACGAAAAGAUCCUAGAAGCUUUGUUAUUCCAUGUUCUAUCGUUGACCGGUCUCACGUUCGUCUCGAGGGAAGAAUUAAGGAUGUCAUAGUAAAAGUUGACAAGUUUUUAUUCCCUGCUGAUUUUCUUAUUCUUGACUGUGAGGACGACGACAAUGUGCCCAUCAUAUCGGGGCAUCUUUUUCUAGCCACUGGUCAUAUUCUCAUCGACUUUGAGAAGGGAGAAUUUACAAUGCGUGUACCCGAUCAGAGUUUGAAGGACUAUGAGAGACUUACUGAAGAUGAAGUAUUUGCAGAGUAUGAGGAGUUUUCAUCAGAGGUGGAUCAUUUUAGCUUACUCGUAGCUAGAAAAGAUAUAGUGGAAGACUUCUUGGAUAUCUUUAUGGACUAUUUUUCUGUCUCGGGCGACAACUUUGACAAAUGCCUUGGCAACUUGGCUAAGUUAGUGUAUAGAAAGGCGUGCCAUCUUCCUGUCGAGCUGGAGCAUAAAGCCUACUGGGUGAUUAAUAAGCUCAACAUGGACGCCCAACUGGCUGGUGAGAAAAGAUUCCUAGAGCUAAAUGAAACAGAGGAGUUUCACGCUCAGGUUUAUGAGAAUGCCUCCUUGUACAAAGAGAAGACCAAAUGA